GAAGCGCAUUAUUUGGCAACCGGAGAAGCAACGGGGAGGGUUAGUAAAAGGGUAUCCCCAGGAUUUUUUUACGCCGAAUUACGGGGGUAAAUAGUUACCCAGACCGCUAGGAAGACGCAAAGAAAUACGGUGCCGCACCACCUCUACUCCGUGUGGCGAUGUCGGAGGAGGCUAACGUUGAGCCGGUCUGCACAGGUGCAGCGAUGUCAGAGGAGGCUAACGUUGAGCCGGUCUGCACAGGUGCAGCCGUACAGGAGGAGGCUAACGCUGAGCCGGUCUGCGCAGGUGCAGCCGUACAGGAGGAGGCUAACGCUGAGCCGGUCUGCGCAGGUGCAGCCGUGCCGCAGCAGGCUAACGCUGAGCUGGUCUGCGCAGGUGCGGCGAUGUCAGAGGAGGUGGUGCGUCAGACGCGCAGUCAGAAGCGGGCCCUGGAGCGGGACAGCCUGCCGGGGGACGGGGCCGAGGGCAAGAAGGUGAAGCUGGAGCGGGGCGAGCUGAAGAGCGACCCGGACGGGGCCCCCGACGGCCCGGGGCCCAAGGUGAAGGCCGAGCCGGGGGCCAAGGCGCCCGCCGCCCUGAAGACGGAGCCGGGGGCCAAGGUGCCCAGCCUGCUGAAGAGCGGGGAGGUCAAGGCCACCAUCAAAGUGGAGCUGCAGACGGACGAGCCCGUCGACAUGAGCACGUCCAAAAGUGACUUUAAGAAGGAGAGGCGCCCCCCCCUCCCCGAUGAUGUCAUCGUGCUGUCGGACAAUGAGCCGUCCAGCCCCCACAUGAACGGGCUGAGCUGCCUAAGGAUGGACACGGAUGUUCUCAUGAAGAGCAGUCCUGACGAGCGGGAGCGCAUCAUUAAGCAGCUGAAGGAGGAGCUGAGGCUGGAGGAGGCCAAGCUGGUGCUGCUGAAGAAGCACCGACAGAGCCAGAUACAGAAAGAGAGCUCUCUGCAGAAGACCACAGGAUCGUCCAGUUCUGUGGCCACUCCGCCCCCGCUGGUGAGGGGCAGUAACUCCAGCAGUAAAGGGCCCCUGCAGGUGUCGUCAGGCCGGAGCUCGGGCGGGGUCAUCCCGCCCCCCCUGGUGCGGGGCGGGCAGCAGGUGUCCUCCAAGCUGGGCUCCCAGAACGCGCAGAUCGUCAUGCCCCCUCUGGUGCGAGGGGCCCAGAUCCACAGCCUGCGGCAGCAGCACCAGCAGCAGCAUUCGGGCUCCGGGCCCCCGCCCCUGCUGCUGGCCCCCCGCGCCUCCGUGCCCAGCGUGCAGCUGCAGGGCCAGAGGAUCAUCCAGCAGGGCCUGAUCAGGGUGGCCAACGUGCCCAACACCAGCGUGCUCGUCAACAUCCCGCAGGCCUCCCCCACCGGGCUGAAGGGCAUCACGUCCCAGGCGGGUCUUUCCAGCGGCGUGUCCACGGUGAGCGCCAGCGAGUCCCCGGCCAGCCGGCAGGCGGCCGCCAAGCUGGCCCUGCGCAAGCAGCUGGAGAAGACCCUGCUGGAGAUCCCCCCGCCCAAGCCCCCCGCGCCCGAGCUCAACUUCCUGCCCUCCGCCGCCAACAACGAGUUCAUCUACCUGGUGGGCCUGGAGGAGGUGGUGCAGAACCUGCUGGACACGCUGGGCAAGGGUGCCAGGCGGUCGCACGUGGCGACGGGCGUGACCGCGGCCCCCCCCAAGGACCCGUACACCUGCGCCCAGUGCAAGACGGACUUCACCUCGCGCUGGCGGCGGGAGAAGGCGGGCACCAUCAUGUGCGAGCAGUGCAUGACCUCCAACCAGAAGAAGGCGCUGAAGACCGAGCACACCAACCGGCUGAAGGCGGCCUUCGUCAAGGCCCUGCAGCAGGAGCAGGAAAUCGAGCAGCGCAUCCUGCAGCAGACCGCCUCCUCCCCCGCCUCCAAGACCUCCUCGUCGUCGUCGGCGGCGACCAAGGCGGAGCAGCAGCAGGUGCUGGUGGCGCAGCAGCUGAAGCAGGCCCGGGCCUCCGCCCUGCAGCAGCACAGCAGGGGCGCGCCCAUCGCCCGGCACCACUCCGCCAUCAAACAGACCGGGCAGAUCUCCCGGAGCGUGCAGCCCGUGGGGGUGCGGGGGGUUCCCCACUCGUACACGACGUCCUCGCAGCUGCAGAACGCCGUGACGGCGGCCGCGCUGGUCAGCAGGCCAGGUAAGCAUGCCAUGCGUGCAGCGGGGUCAAAGGUCACCAACAGCGGCAGUAACCCCGCCCCCGGGACCUGGAGGAAGCAGAACACCGUGACCACAGGUGUCACCAUGGCCUACGUGAACCCCAGCCUCUCCGUGCAUAAGACCUCCUCGGCCGUGGACCGCCACCGCGAGUACCUCCUGGACAUGAUCCCCUCCCGCUCCAUCUCCCAGACAGCCAACACGUGGAAAUAAUGCUAACACUGCGUAUUAUUAACCAGAAUAAUAGUAAUAAUCAUCAUUAUCACCAUAGUAACCGACAGCUCCUGGACACCAGCCGGGGACGACGAACUUACCGACCAAUAAACGGGGGGUGGGGGAGGGCGAGGGGGAAACGCUCCCCGCCUUGUCUCUUCCCCCUCUCCCUCUCCCUCCCCCUCUUUUUCUCUCCCUCCUUUUCCAAGCCUUCAGCCUCAGUGAGGGAGUGCUAGAACGUUGCGCAGGGACGGCGAUUCACCGGGGGCAGCGGGAGGGAUUUUUCAAAAACAAACGGCAGUGAAAAGCAACGGGGGUCUGACGAGGGCUCCCUCUUUCACCCUGCCCUCGCUCCCUCCCUCCAUCCCCCUUCCUCGAACCUGCUGCGGUGAGGUCACCAGCCUCCCCUGGGGGGGGGGGGGGGCCACAGGCUGGCCAGCCCGUCAGGACAGCGACGUCGCGCAUCUCCCGACAGAGCGCCGCGCUCCAGCCAUCCUCCCAAUCUGGACAAUGAGACUCUCUGCGCCCCCUCUGGCCAGCUGAGGAACGGCCGGGGGCGGGACCGCAGGUAAAAUGGCAGGGAUUGUGGUGUGAGGUUAGUGGACUCUCUCUGCGGGAAAAUUCUAGAUCGCUUCUGCUUUGCAACAACAACAAAAAAAAAAAACUUUAAAAAAUGAAAUAAAAUCUAAAAAAAAUAAAUAAAUGAUUAAAAAAAAAAAAAAGACAAAAAAAUAUAUAUUGACAAACACGACCGCUACCUACGUAGUGCAAAGCGGGGGAGGCGGGUUUGUGUUUGCAGAGGUUAUUUUGUAUGGCUGAAUGUUUUUGUUGUUUUUCUAUAACAGUAGUCAUACACCAUGUGGAUGGAUAUUUUCCCCCGGACUGUGAGGUCUGGGUUUAAGUCGUGUCCAUGUUGAGGUGGUUUUACAUCUGCUGCGGUGUUGGAUUUAAUUAUUUCUGUCUAGAAUUUCUGCAACCUGCCAGGAAAAAACAAAUAAAGUUAGUGCUCUGCGCAAAAAAAAAAAAAAAAAAAAAAGUUAAACACAAUUUGAGUAUAUCAGGGAGGUAAAUGAAUCGUGAGACUGUGUUGCAAAAGUUGAUCUAUUUUUUUUAAACCCUAGAUGCGUCAAUAAGCUCAAGGGUGGGGAGGAAUUGACAUAAUAAUUUUACUUUUAGUCCUAGGUUAUUGUAUUUUUGUUUUUGUUUUUUAGGCUUUUCCCCCCCCGGAUUCGAUUGUGUGGGUCACUGUAGUCAGACGAAUUGUACACAUGUAUAUCAUGCCCUGAGUUUUAUCCAGUUCCACUUUAGAUUUGUUCUGUUACAUGUCCAGCGGCUCCUGUUCUCCCAUUGGUCGAUUUAAAAGACUGGACGCCAAUCAGAAUGUAGUUGUGGACCCUAGUGAGUAAAGGAAUGUUCAUCUGGUUCAACGGAGAGUCUGCCCAGACGUGCAUCGUGUUCCUGACGUAGCCUAGUGGGGUUUUCUUUUCUUUUCUUUUUUUUUUUACCUGCAUAAAGCCGAGCGUUUUGACCAGUUUUGCGUAGCGCAGUGUGACCCGGUAGCGGGUGGAGCAGUGAUGUCAGCCGUGCAGCCCGUGGGAAGAACUAAAGGGGGCCUCUCUUACGAGGAACCACGAGAGAUUGGCCACACGGUUCAUUACACCGGAGCCUGGGUACGCUGGGCCUGGUUUUACCCGCUUUCAGCUUAUACAAUACUACUAAGUCCAGGUGUGAACGAAAAAUUCUUCAGACCCGCUUCAGGGGUUGCGUUUUAAUUUCUUGGCCUUCAAAAAAACUUCCAUUUUUUUUUAAAAAUGUUCCUUAUCUAUGUUAAUGUGGUCAAGAAACAAGCCCCUCUUCCCGGUUCUCGUUGGGUGGGGAGGGGAAUGAAGAUCUGACGCUGUGUGGUUUGGGUCACGGCCGUCCCGGUUGACCCAGCGCGUGUGACGGGAUGCAGAGCUCACCCUGGUUAGCGUAGCCGCGGACGCCGUUCCGGCACCACGCCGGGCCGCUCUCUCCCGUUUCGCUUCUGUUCUCGUCCGCCGUCCAUGGCUCGUCUUCCCUUCCAGGCGCGCGGAAACAUUGUUUUCGGAUCAUUUCUCCUUUUAACCGUUCUCGACGACCCUCGAGAGAGGUCUGUCGGGAUUCGUCGGCCGUUGUGGAAGGCCCUGUUGGAGGGGGGGGGUUGAGGCCCGCGUAGGGGGCUGGAUUCCAGGCCGCUUCGCCCCGACGCUGUUCCUGACACCGCCUGCCGCCGCCUGACUGACUAACACCAUUCCGUUCCCCUGGGGGGCGCUAGUGCCGUUCAAUGCAUUGUGCCCCCUCCUAAUGGAUUGUACAAGUCAUGUUCCAAAUUGUUUCGGGGGGUUUUUUUUUUUUCUCUGCUCUAUCAAGUAAUAAAACUAAUUUUAAUCCCUUUA